UGAAAUUACUGAAUGUCAAUUCUUGUUUGCAUGGAGUCUUUUUGUCCAGUGAUUGUCAUCUGUUGGCACCUCCAUACAGCAUAGACACUAAUCCCAUCACUCAACCAGUUUCACAGACACAGAUCGGCACUUUCCAUAAGAGAUGUAAGGUACAAUAAACAAACAAUAGAACUGAAUCUACCAAUAACAGUGAGGCGGUCUCACCCUUAUAUUUUCCCUAUGCAUGGAAAGGCAAUGCAGGGGGUAAGAGGAGUGAAGGGUUGUUAUGUCACAAGUGGGCAUACAUAGGUACAGAAUGCCAGCUGGGGACACCAGGCGCCUUUGAGGCCACAGGAAAGUGCCACACUACCAGCACAAGCUAAUGGAGUAUUCACUUCCUCUAGGAGACACAAAGGCCUGGAGUAGUUAGAGUCAGAACAUGACCAGACAGACAUGAAGAUUGAAUGUGGCUUUCAUUUCCAUUAGAAUGAGGGAUGAGGGGAAAUGGGUGAGGGAAAGGAGAGAUGAUAGAGAGAUGGAGUCAGGGUAUCUCUUGCCAGGGAUGUAUUUUGUAUCUGAAUAAUACUAUGAUGUAAAUGGAAGGGGCAUGAACGUAAGUGGAAAGCUGAGGAGUUUAAAAAAGGUAGAAGAAGAGAUAGAGAGGAAGGAUGGAAGAGAGUGUAGUGACUGAGGAGAGAAAAGAAAAGUGAAAGAGAGCAUUUUGGUCAAAGCAACAAAAAAGUGUUGGGGGCUUUUGGAAGGAAAGUGGGCUGCUGGAUUAUGAAUCCAGUGAACGGUGCAGGAUACAAUGCUGCUGGUUUUUCCUAUCUGAAAAGAGGUGAAGAAGAAUAGACAAUUAUCCAUCACUAAUGUAAGACAUGAUAAAGGCAAAUGUGAGGGCAGAUAAAUGGUUAUAUAUGUAUGACAUGUUUGAUCUCAGGAGCACUGAAUGUAAUAGUUUUUACUGUGCACUCUGUAGACUUCCAUUCCAUUAGAUUGAUGGUGAGAUUGCUUUGUGCAGAGACUCCAUUGAGUAAGAAGAAAUGCCAUAAUGCAUUAGACUAGAAAAUGGGAACAAAGGGGAGAAGAGUAAGAUGUUCUAACUUCUGUGAGGCAUUUUCCAUCUGCUGUGCUCAGGCAUUGUAACUUUGAUCCACUUAUCCACCCACACACAGUGCUGCUCAGCUCAACCCAGCUCACCUUAAGUACUGAUACAUUGCUGCAACAGUUUUAACUGCUGGUAAGAUGACAGACAGUAAGUCUGACUUGGUUCUAUUAACUUUUUUAAAUCUAUUUUCCCUCCCUCAUUUUAUUCCUACCGUAUCACUCCAUUCUAGUCCUCUAAUGCAGCUCUUCCUAUUACACACCCCCUUCAUCCUCCCUUCUUCCCCCUCUCCCUCCCGUGUGCCAUUCCUCUCAUCACUCUGUCUUUCUGUGACCUCUCCAUCAUCCAUCCACCUUCUUCUGUUAUUGUUCCCUGUACCUCCUGAAUCCUGCUGUUCCCACUCUCUACCAGUUGUGUGUGUGCCAUCUAUUGUAUGUCUGUGUCGGUGAGAAACCUUCUACAGCGGCGGCGCUCUCUGGGUCCCGCCUCGCCUAAACGCGUCUACAGGAACCUGUCGGUUAGGCUGAGGGGCGGAGAGUCCUCUGCUGCCGGGGAGACAGGCAUGCCGAAACAUUCAUGCAAGGCCACACCCACAGUAAGACAUCCUGAGAGAAAAUGACUUUUGCAUCCAUUUUGGGUGUUUUAUCUUUGCUUUUCUCGAAUUGUCUUAAAUUGUUGUUCCAUAUUAUCAUCUAAAGUUACAUUUUCUUCCUGCAUUUUUCUGCCAUGCCCAUGAGGAUGUACCCUCUUACCCUGUAUCCCUCCAUGUGCCUGUUUCUCACUCAAUCCCCUCUCCUUCUCCUGUGUUAGUAUAAGAACCUGUGGGAGGCAGUGGAGAAUGAGGACACCCUGGCGGUGCAGAGCCUGCUAUUCAGGGACAGAGUGUGUGGCGGAGGAGGAGGAUGGGAUACAGGGGAGAAGAAAGAGAAGGAUUGGGAAAGAGAGAGGGAAAAGGGUGUAAACAGAGUGAGUGAGCAGGGCCUGGUACCUCUGGACGUGGCUGCUCUAACCCAGAACUCCCCUCUGCUGCAUGUGUUGACAAAGGCAGGAGCCAGACACAACCCCGUCUGUGAGUCUUACACAUUGACGUACAUUGAAUCAGUGCAAUCAAGAGAUGGCAAGUAACAGUUAUACACAUUUUACACAAACAAUGGAUCAUCCAGUACAUUAAGACAUUAUUCUUUUUGGGGUAGUGACUACUAGUGAGUGAUCUUUAAAUGUAAUGUUUACAGAUAUAUCUUGUUCCCACACUGUGUAAACAAUGCAAAACAUGUUUAUUAUCUCUCCCUCCCACUCUCUAUCCUCUCUCUCUCUCUCUCUCUCUCUCUCUCUCUCUCUCUCUCUCUCUCUCUCUCUCUCUCUCUCUCUCUCUCUCUCCCUCCAUCCCUUUCUCUCAGUGUGUGGUCCGGCUGAGUGGUUGUGCAAGCUGGAUGCCCUGGUGGUGUUGGCCGGCAGGCAGGUGGAGGACAGGAGGGAGGAGCUACUGGUUCGAGCAGGGGCGGGGCCACAUGUGCAGGCCGACAUUCAGAGACAGCUCCACCUCUGGACCCUACGGCAGCAGCUGUACUGCAGGAUGAGGGAGAGCUUCCACCACACAGGUCAGAGGCUAGGGGUCAGGGGUGAUGAAGGACAAGUAUGACGCACUCAACCCAGUCUCAUUGAUUUGUUUAUGUUAUGUACCUUUUGCUCCAAGGCUGUGUUUACUGUCGGUGUGUCUCUCCAUCUCUCCGUGUCCCCUAGACCUCCCUGGCCCUCCCAGUAGUGUGUCACUGUUUGUGACCAGUGCCUCUUCCCUGUUUGUGUCCAUUCGAGAGCCAACCGGUAUCGCCACUGGAUUGAUCACACGCUACAGAGGUGGGGUUCUACUACUCCAACUCUAACAUUGGCUCUAAUCACUAUUGCAAUUAUGACUCAGUACUCAAUAUCAUAGAUACAUCCAUGUCUCUGUCUCUUUUCCUGUCACCUACAGUGGAAUGGAGCACCUCUGCCAACUUCAAGAGCAUACUUGGCUCAGCCCAGGUGAUCGACACUAAGACCCCCAUCCAUAGCAUCACAGGACUCACGACAGUAAGACACACACGACCCCUGUCACAUGUCCUGAGCCAGAACACCCUGAGGCUAGGAGGCACUUAACCUCAACUGUCUCAGUUACCUGCAUAAAUGAACAACUACUAUGUUAAGUUAUUUGCCCUGGUCUGCCUGUUCGUAAGGUUAAGUCAUGAUGUUAAUGUAUUGGUGUCUUAGGGAGUGCACUACUUUGUGAGAGUGGCCGCCUACAAUGUGAAGGGAUGGGGCCCAGCUCAGAGCUCCAGCCCAGUCAGUGCUGCCCCCUCCAGUGAGUAAAUGGAACUGCAGACAGCCAGACAAAACCACUUUCUGAUAUUCAAUAUUAUCAUCAAUGCUCCGAGUAGAAGUUGCCCCUAAUAACAGAUCAAGAAUCAGCUCCCCAAAUACCAACCUUAGCCAUUUGAAGAAAACAACUGACCUUGGAUCAGUGUCUAGGGGCAACUUCAUAUGACUCCACAGUGAAUAUCAGUGACCGCUGCUGGGCUCUGUCUCCCUCUGCAGGCUGGAGGGAGUGUAUGGGGGUGAAAACUCCAAGCAGGAACAAGGAGGCUUUGGUCAGGAGACUGUUGGAGCAGACCAGAGAGCCACACUACAGGGGAUACUGUAUAGGUAAUGUACUUCUUCAACCAUAACAUAGAUACAGCAUCUCAGUUCCACCUCUCAUACAAGGGGAAUGAAUAUACUAUUCAAAUGAUUUGUGUAAGAUAAACAGCCUUGUACAUUCAAUACCUGUAUAAUAAAUGAGAAGGUAAACAGGAUCAGUCACUCAAAAUAAUACUCUGGCUCUUUCACAUGGCCCUCCAUGUCUGUAUGUCUCAUUCCUUUGUCCUGUGGACCAUAGAGAGCUCGAAGUCCCAGAGCCACAGAAAGCGCCUGUCAAUGUCUCGCGGCCUGAAGCAGCUCUUCCAGUCAGCCACCAAGUUUGUCCGUCUCCUACAGAGGUGAGACAGCAAUGCUCCUCACCCAACAACUCUGUCUCUCUACCACUAACAUCUCACAUGGUUACAUUUAGAGAAAGAUUACACUCUGUUUCUGUUCCCUCAGUACAUCCCCUACUCUUUGAACAAGGGUUUCAGUCCCUUUCAGCCCUCUCUUUCUUGCACCUACCUCUCUAUUCAGAUUUUUUCUGUCUUCCCUCCUUAGGAUGAAACUAAUCUUAUUCUCUCCUCUGUUCUUCCUCAUUGUCUCAUUGUUAGGGGUGUAUACCUGGCAACUGUGUUCUACAACAAGGAAAACAUCCUGGUCACAGCAGAUGACCAGCUCCCAUUGGUGGAGAUCCAGUGCUGCUCCACCUCCAUCACUCAGGACUUCCUUUGGUUCGCCAAGGUUAGCUGUCAAUCAAAUUGAAUACAUUGGUAUGUAAACCUGUGUGAAAUAUAUGUUCCAAAGUUACAUUGUCUCUUUUCUAUCUUUCUAUCCCUCGCUCUCUUUCUUACAGUUGUCCUGUGCGUGGCAACAGGUGCCCUGGCUCCAGCAGGCCCUCUCCUCCGCUCUCUCCUCCUCUUCAUCACUCCUUCAGAACAGGCACAAUAUCUUGCAGGCUGUAGCACAACUACAGGUGAUUUUUUUUUAUAAUUUACACUAAUAGGUCACUGUACAUGGCCUUCUCAUCAAACAAGCACCUAGCAAAGAUGAAGAGACAACAUUUUCUGUAAACUUUCUCUUUCACUGCCUGUUUCUCGUUGACUUUCCUUUUCACUCUUUCUCUUUAUCCUGAUAUUUCAUACUUUUCUCCCUCUCUCCUUCCCUGCCUCUCUCUGCAGUCCUCUCUGGGGACAGUAGACUUGGGGCAGGUGUACUAUGAGCCUCUGAAGGACAGGCAGGGUAACGUUCUGCUGGUGACGGUGAGGGAUUGUGCGGCCCACACCAAACCCCCUGACCCCCCUCUCCACUGGGUCCCCCUGGCUUUGCUGGAGAAGAAACAGAGCAGGACCCCUCUACUCCCAGAGCCUACUGCCAUGGACACCCUCACAGAGCAGCUCAAGGUGACCCUUCCUGGCUGGGCCACUAUGUGCUUGUGUUUAUAUACAGUAGUAAGGCUUCUUAUUGUGCUAAUACAACAAUGCCUUUCUCUGUGUCCCUCACCAGGAGAAGCUGUCCUUCCACAGACGCAGUGUCCAGUGGGCCCAGCCUGGCCUGUACGUGGGCAUCUUGAAGCUGUGCAGCACAGUGGAGCAGAUCAGGGUUCUAGUGCCCCAGAGGCUGCCCAACCUGCUAUGCCACGCCAGAGUGCGCCACAAUCCCCAUGUGUCCCGGUAACACAGCUAACACACUACCACUGAGCUUACCACUGAGUUUAGUAUGCACUACUGCGUAAAGACUGACUUUUAAACUGUUCUGACCUGGUAUAGCUGAUGAUGAAAUGGAAUACUGUAUAAUACUUAUAAUGAAGUGUGUCCUCAAUGUUUGCCUAGUGUUUUUAAGGAUUACUGACUGAUCAAAUCAGGUCAUUGCAAAUGAUAGUUCCUUGUGAUGUGUUUUGGGCUGCAUUUUUGUUUUAGAGAUGAAUGGGCGUGGUUACAAUGCCACAACAUCUUAACAGCCAAUGAGGACACAGAGGGUGAGGAUGAGACCUCGAUGGACAGCUCUGGGCUGGGGGAGUUUGUGAGGUCACUCAGGGCCGCUGUCACUCUCUUGUUGACAAAGCUCAACAUCCCCCUCUACAGGGUAACCAUGGUUUCACUUACUCUCCAACUCACAUGCUUUUAGAUCUCAUUUAAAUGAUAUACUGUAUCAUGUCAUACACCUCUCUUACCUCUUUUUGUCUUCUCUCUCUAUUAUUUUCUUUUUUCUUUUUCUCUCUCUUGAUGUUCUUCAUCUCUUGUCCUCAUCCUCUGAUCAUCACUCCUUUCUCCCUGCUCUCCUCUCCUGCAGGCAUAUCAGUACGGUGUGUACACCCGGGAACUGCUGCAGUUUGGGGAUAAGAUGUCCAUGCUGCUCCUGCUGCCCCCCAGUGAGGACUUCAGCUCUAGCUACUGGCCCCUAGUUGGCACCAAGGAGCCAGGCCUCACAAUGCCACUGCAGAUCUUUGAGCUGGGUAAGUAUUGGUGCCAGGGUUUAAGUUUCAAGUUUUUAUUGUCAUGCGCAAUAGUUCUUGCUUGCUCUUUCCCAACAAUGCAGUAAUCAAUAUCAGUAGUACUAUACAAAAAUAAAUACAAUGUAAAGUAGAAUAUACAGGGUCAGUUCCUUGGUCAGUGCCAUUACCAUAUUUACAAUGUGCAGGGAUACUGGAGUGGUAGGGUUAGAUAUGUAUAGGGUUAAGGUGACUAGGCAUCAGGAUAUAUGAUAAACAGAGUAGCAGCAGCAUAUAUGAUGAUUGUAUGUGAGUGUGUGUGCGUGUGUGUAGAGUUAGUAUGAAUGUACACUACCGUUCAAAAGUUUGGGGUCACUUAGAAUUGUCCUUGUUUUCGAAAAGAAAAGCAAUUUUUUUGUCCAUUAAAAUAACAUCAAAUUGAUCAGAAAUAAAUUUUAGACAUUGUUAAUGUUGUAAAUGGCUAUUGUAGCUGGAAACGGCUGAUUUUUAAUGGAAUAUCUACAUAAGCGUACAGAGGCCCAUUAUCAGCAACCAUCAGUCCUGUGUUCCAAUGGCACGUUGUGUUUGCUAAUCCAAGUUUAUCAUUUUAAAAGGCUAAUUGAUCAUUAGAAAACCAAUUUGCAAUUAUGUUAGCACAGCUGAAAACUGUGCUCAACGUCAACAGUGAAGAAGCGACUCCGGGAUGCUGACCUUCUAGGCAGAGUUGCAAAGAAAAAGCCAUAUCUCAGACUGGCCAAUAAAAAUAAAAGAUUAAGAUGGGCAGUCUGAGAUAUGGCUUUUUCUUUGCAACUCUGCCUAGAAGGUCAGUAUCCUAGAGUCGCCUCUUCACUGUUGAUGUUGAGACUGGUGUUUUGCGGGUACUAUUUAAUGAAGCUGCCAGUUGAGGACCUGUGAGGCGCCUGUUUCUCAAACUAGACACUAAUGUAUUUGUCCUCUUGCUCAGUUGUACACCGGGGCCUCCCACUCCUCUUUCUAUUCUGUUUAGAGCCAGUUUGCGCUGUUCUGUGAAGGGAGUAGUACACAGUGUUGUACGAGAUCUUCAGUUUCUUGGCAAUUUCUCGCAUGGAAUAGCCUUCAUUUCUCAGAACAAGAAUAGACUGACGCGUUUCAGAAGAAAGUUAUUUGUUUCUGGCCAUUUUGAGCCUGUAAUCGAACCCACAAUUGCUGAUGCUCCAGAUACUCAACUAGUCUCAAGAAGGCCAGUUUUAUUGCUUCUUUAAUCAGCACAACAGUUUUCAGCUGUGCUAACAUAAUUGCAAAAUGGUUUUCUAAUGAUCAAUUAGCCUUUUGAAAUGAUAAACUUGUAUUAGCAAACACAACGUGCCAUUGGAACACAGGACUGAUGGUUGCUGAUAAUGGGCCUCUGUAUGCCUAUGUAGAUAUUCCAUAAAAAAUCAGCAGUUUCCAGCUACAAUAGCCAUUUACAACAUGAACAAUGUCGGCACUGUAUUUCUGAUCAAUUUGCUGUUAUUUUAAUGGACAAAAAUUUUUUAAUGGACAUUUCUAAGUGACCCCAAACUUUUGAACGGUAGUGUAUGUGCGUGUUAUGUGAGCAAAUGAAGUGUGUGUGUGUGUGCGCUUGACGUGCGGAAGUAGAGAGAACAGUCUAUGUGUUGGGUGGCUGGAGUCUUUAAUGAUUUUCCGAGCCUUCCUUUCACACCGCCUGAUAUAGAGGUACUGGAUGGCAGGCAGCUCUGCCCCAGUGAUGUACUGGGCUGUCCGCACCACCCUCUGUAGCGCCAUGUGAUCGAGGGCAGUGUAGUUGCCAUACCAAGCAGUGAUGCAGCCAGUCAAGAUGCUCACAAUUGUGCAGCUGUAGAACUUUUUGAUGAUUUGAGGGCCCAUGCCAAAUCUUUUCAACCUCCUGAGGGGGAAGAGGCGCUGUCACGCCUUCUUCACGACUGUUUGUGUGUGUGUGGUCCAUUUUAAGUUCCAGAGGAACUUGAAGCUCUCGACCCGCUCCACUGCAGCCCUGUCUCGAUGUGGAUGAGGGCGUGCUCGCCCUCCCGUUUCCUGUAGUCCACAAUUAGCUCCUUGGUCUUCUUGACGUUGAGGGAGAGGUGCAUGGACAACAUAGAGAAUAUAAGAUGUGUUAUGCCGUUUAUGUUUUUGCUCAGAGGAAACUGUCGGUGGUCAGUUGAUGUGCUUAGAUGUUUCUCUUUAUUUUCUGUCUAAUCCUCACGUCUCACAGUGCACUUCUGGACGUACGAGCAAGACUUCCUGUCUCAGUACUGUCAGGUCUGGGUUCGGUUGGAGCUGGACGCCCAUCUGUCCCAGCAGGCUUUGCGAGAAGCUCUGGACACUAAGGAGGUGCAGGAGGCCAGAGGCCGUCUUGGUCACAUCACUCAGCUCUCACAGGUAGACUACCCAUAGAGAGUCAUGAAAUAGAUAUCAAAGGAGGACAGUAUGUGUGUAUGAGAGGGAAUAAGCCCUCUAUUAGAACUCUCACCCAUGCCUCUCUGUCCCUUUGCCCUGUUUAGAGUCUUGAGGUGGUGUGGCGCGAGGCCCGGUGGAUCAUGGAUGUCCUGCAGUGUGUCCGCUCUAAACAGUGGGUGGGGGCGGUGCCUCUGGGCCUGGUCAUGGGAGGAGACCCACCUGCCCACCCAGACGAUGAGGAGGAUGACAGGCCUACCACCAGAGUCUGGCCCCAGCGCAUACUCUCUCAAAAGAAAAUAUCAGGUGACUUGUUAAUGUAGUAGAUGUAGUUGAUGAAUGAUUCAAUGUAUUUGAUUGAAGCAUUAGAGAGCAGGCAAGGGUGAGAAGAAAAUCAUUUUAUAUUGUGAUGCACUUAAUUCCUCAGUUUAAUAUUCAGGUACUUCCUUUGUCCGUUUGACGUAACUAACUCUCAUUUCUGUUGGCCCUCUCCUCUCACUCCCUCUAGAGAGCAUUACAUGUACUGUUACAGACAUUGGUGUCAGCGGUGGGAUCUCUGAGCCAAUAUUUAUCCCGGGGGUCCAUGAAGAGGCUGUCUGUUUAAUGGAAGGGACUAGCAAAGGUGGGUACCCCGUGGACCUCAGUGCCCAACAGCCUAUUGUGGCGUUCAACAGCCUGGACCAAUCAGGAGUUGGAUUCGACGGUGUGACCCAAUCAGAAGUGGUAGAUCAUGACAGUGGAGAACUGGAGUAUCCCCACAGUUUUGUCAGUGAUGUGAUCCCACCUCUACCAGAGCUGGACCUCAUCUUCCCCACACUGAGUCUGAUAGACGAAGAGAGGAAGGAGGACCCUGUACCUGGGGGGAUGGAUAUGUUAGACAGCUUAAGUCUUGGAGUCGGUGAAAGCGAGGCUUUCUUUGGACUAAACUCUGACUUGAUGAGUGGACCUAAGGGUUGCUCUCUCUCUGAUGUGCAUCAUGAUACGAACACACUGACAGCAGGCCUUAGUUUAGGAGACAGAACCUGUGCAGAUACACUGUUCUCAAGUCAUUUAGAUGGGCUGGCCACAUCUGCCCCUUCUCCCAUUGUGAGGACCACACCUGCCCAAAGCUGGGAUUUACCUACAGAGGACACUGUGAUACAUGCUGGCAACAGGGGGAGCAGCAUGCCAGCCAGGAGCCAUGUGGAGUGGGUGAACUCCUCUAACCAGGCAUCCUGA